AUGGCUCGCAUUCCUGCCGUCUUUGGAGCGAGCAUCCUUGCCGGACUAGCCUAUAUCCAAUACCAAGCCGCCCAGGCUGGAACCUAUACCCUGAACGCUCUGAAAAAGGCUGGGGAAGCUGUCACGGAGACUUCGUCAAAUAUGUUCGAGGGCGCCAAGGGCAUCGUCAAUCAAAUAGGAGUCGGCUGGGAGCGCACAAAGGAGGAGACACAUCUACCGGAAUGGCUCCAGCAGUUUUUUGAGAAAGGAGAGGAGUCUGGCGACGGAGGGUCUGGCCCACAGGCGCCUAAACCGACCAAUUCCGCUGUGGGAGCUGCUGCUGCUUCGGGCGCCGCAAUAGGGAUCGAACAAUCGAGUGAAGACGACGAGCGAUCGGGCGCCCAGAUCGCGCGGGAUGAUCAAAUGAUGGUACUGACGAGAAAGAUGAUUGAGAUUCGAAGCAUUCUCAACACAAUCGGCCAAGGAGGGGCUUUGACGCUUCCGUCUAUUGUGGUUAUCGGAUCACAAUCAUCUGGGAAAAGUUCGGUUCUCGAGGCACUCGUCGGACACGAAUUCUUACCGAAAGGCUCUAACAUGGUCACCAGGCGUCCGAUCGAACUCACUCUGGUCAACACACCGGAUGCAAAAGCAGAGUAUGGCGAAUUUCCUACCCUCGGAAUGGGCAAGAUUACGGACUUUACACAAAUCCAAAAGAUUCUAACUGACCUCAACCUCGCUGUUCCCCCGGAGCAAUGUGUCACCGAUGACCCCAUCCAAUUGUCUAUCUAUUCACCCAACGUUCCUGACUUGUCCCUGAUCGAUCUGCCGGGUUAUAUCCAAGUAUCCGGCAAAGAUCAGCCUUCUGAGCUGAAGCAGAAGAUCUCAGACCUGUGCGACAAAUACAUCCAGCCGCCCAAUGUGAUCUUGGCCAUCUCCGCCGCGGACGUGGAUUUGGCCAAUUCAACUGCUCUAAGGGCAAGUCGAAGAGUUGAUCCUCGAGGUGAGAGGACAAUCGGUGUCAUCACAAAAAUGGACCUGGUCGACCCCCGCCGAGGCGCUGAAAUUUUGUCGGACCGAAAGUAUCCUCUCAGGUUAGGUUACGUUGGCGUGGUGUGUAAGAUACCACAGUCAGCAAGCCUUUUCUCCAGGUCUGGCGUCAAUGUGACAAGUGCCAUCAUCAAGAACGAGAAUGCGUACUUCUCAUCACACCCGUUACAAUUUGGUCCACAAUCAGAGCUCGCCGUGGGCACACCCACGUUACGGCACAAGCUCAUGAACGUCCUUGAGCAAACUAUGGCAGCGAGCCUUGCUGGCACGAGAGACGCCAUUGUGCAAGAGCUGGAAGAAGCAACAUAUGAGUUUAAAGUACAGUACAACGACAGGCCGCUCAGUGCUGAGUCAUACUUGGCCGAAAGCUUGGACAGCUUCAAGCACUCCUUCAAGGAGUUCAGCGAGCACUUUGGCAGGCCUCAAGUUAGGGCCUUGUUGAAAGAUGUCCUGGAUCAGAAAGUGAUGGACGUGCUGGCCAAGAGAUACUGGAAUAAACCAGUAGAGGAUCUAUCCCCGGUCCAGUCUGAAGCAGACCCGUUGUCGGAAUUGCCCAAAGCUGAUCCGGGUUCGUUGUAUUGGCAGCGCAAACUGGACGCUUCGACAUCGGAGCUCACCAAGCUUGGCGUUGGAAGACUCGCGACUACGGUGGUGGCGGCGGAACUGCAAAGCCAUGUCGACAAGCUGAUCGCCGCCUCAACGUUUGCCUCGCACCCGUACGCUCAGCGUUCAAUUGUCGACGCGUCAUCGAGCAUAUUGAAUGAUCGAUUCUACAGCACAAGCGAUCAGGUCGAAAAUUGUAUCAAGCCAUUCAAAUUUGAGAUUGAAGUCGAGCCGAAUGAAUGGAACAAGGGACGCGAAAAUGUCGGCCAUGUGCUGAAGAAUGAACUGAAAGCUUGUGAAGCUGCGCAAAGACAAUUGGAAGACAACAUCGGCAAGAGAAAACUUAAAGAUGUCAUGGGAUUCAUCGAUCGAGUAAGGAAAGGCGAAGUUGUCCUGGAAGGAGAUGGAACUGGCGGUGCUGGUGGCUUUUCAUCAGCUCUUCUUCAAAAGGGUCGGGAAGCCGUCUUCCUCCGUGAUCGCGCUGACAUCCUUAAGAUGCGCCUGAUGGCGGUCAAAUCCAAGCAAUGCGCCAACCUCAAAAACAAAUACUACUGCCCGGAGGUCUUCCUGGACGUCGUCGCUGACAAAUUGACUUCCACAGCGGUGCUUUUCCUCAACGUCGAACUCCUUUCUGAAUUCUACUACAACUUCCCCCGUGAGUUGGAUCUGAGGCUCGGCCGUCAUUUGGAGCCAAGCGAAAUUGAGCAGUUUGCAAGAGAAGACCCCAAGAUCAGAAGACAUCUCGAUGUCAUCAAGCGGAAGGAGAUGCUCGAAUUGGUAUUGGAGAAGAUCGAGAGUCUGAGGCAGUUGGAGGGUCGGACGAAGACGCAGCAGGCGAAAGCGUCACAGGCCAAGGAGCGAGGGCGGUGGAGCUUGUUUUGA